ACACUGUAACAGCUUUUCUGAUAACAAUUGUAAUCGAUAACAAAAUAAAAGCGGACAAAACAUAAACAAUUUGUACAAAACAUUGAAUAUCACAUAAAAAUAGCAUCGUUUCUUAAUUAGUUUACUAUUUAUUAGUUUAUAGUUAAGUUUAGCAAAUUCACUCAAUGAUGACGUGUGGAACAUGUCGAGGACACAAGGAAAAAAGCAUAAAGUGCCUGGUUGCAGCUUUGGACACGAUCAAGGAACAUGCAUUAAUGAUGCAGCGGGAGUCUGAGGAGAGCGCCAAGACUAUAGAAACGUUAAAAGCCCAUAACGAUAAGUUGCACAGGGCCCUGGAUUUGCUUAAAGAACGCCAAGAGUCCAUUGUUCAAGUGGAGAAGCGGCGGAGAGUCUCUCCCAAGAGAAAGAAAGAUGACAUAUCCCCACUGCCCCAAAGCCAGGACUCCCUCAACAUGAAUAUAGCAAUAAACAGCAUCGACAUCUCCGAUGAGGACUUUGAAAUGGAGGAAGAGGAAAGCAUUGCAGAAACGGAACCCGCUAUCAGUCCUCGUAAAUUGAGACUUCCGAGUCGAAAGCAUGAUAUUCGGAACCUGGAAAACAUGCAGCCGAAUAAUGUCUCUACAGCGAACCAGGGCUGGCUCCGCAGAACGCCUAAAAAUUCCGGUGUUUUAACUAAACUGUCUCUCACUCAAAAAGGCAGCAACUUGAACUUGAAGCAAACCCGUUUAAAGUUCGAGGGAAAUAAAACAAGUGCCAGCGAAAAGGAUGUGAUCGAGGAAAGCCCCAAUGUGAGUUCAAGCUCAAAGCGGGCGCGUCCUCCUCGAUCUUUAUUGCAGAGCCAAGUUUGCAGUGCCGCCACCGAGAACGCUUUAAACGCCAACGACUCGAAAACGACUGGUAGCAGCGAUAACAAAGUGUCCAACCUCACAUUUGAGAUGAACGAGGACGACAUUGACCCGGACACUCAGAUAAUGCCGCCACCAGGUUCCCCUCCAGCUUUAAAAAUCGACGAAUCUUCCGACAGUGUGGUUCUGCUUACUCCUGCCACUCAGGACAUAAUCUUCCUAAACGAUACCACAGAGGAUAUUAAUAAAAUGGGAACAAUGGAUAUGCUUGCGGAGAUUAUGAAGGAGGACGACGAUGCCUGUUCCAACGCUUUGAGGCAAUUCGAGAAAAAAAUGAUAGAUCAGCAAAAGCAGGUCGAAAAUAAUCCCCCUAAACCUUUAAAGGCAUCUAUUCCAAAAGCUAAUGUCAUAAAAGAAGAACCCGUUUCCCAAAUGGAAUCAGAUUUAGGUAAUGAAUCGACAAAAAUGCCAGAGGAUAUUGAAAAGUAUAUGUUGGACAUUGAAAACGAGGAUAGCAAAGAAUCGGAGGAGGAGUUUCCCCAACCCAUUGUCAUUAAGGAAGAAAAUUUGAGCUUCAAAGAUCGAUACAACAUUGAUUGCGAGGAAUGUGAAAAGUUUAUAAACUUUAUGGGCCCUAAUUUGACUGAUGAAAAAAUUAAAUCCUAUUUGAGAAACUGCAAGCAUAUCGGCGAUGGAAACGCAUCACCACCUGGGUUCUGGAAUCCGCAUAUGGUUUCCUUUGCAGAAAACGAUCCCAGGAAUGAGGUUUUGAUAGAUACACGGUUCCGUGACGGUGCAAAAAAUCUACAGAAAAAAUGAUUACUUUAUUUGAACGCAUUCCAUUUAUUAUUCAUAUUGAAUUGUAAUUGUUUAGUUUACAAGUUGCCACGUUUGGCCUGCUCAAUUUCAAUGGCCGUGAACAGAGACUUGAAGUUUCCAGCACCAAAUCCCUGAAAUAGUUAGAAAAUCAAUGAAUAUUCUUAGCAAUAAUAGUUUAAGUAAUAAAUCUUACGUUGUGA